AUGAAAGAUUUAAGAGCGACCUUUGGGCUGCCAGCCGCUCUGAAAUCCAAAGUUAACUUAUGGCUUGAACAAGAUCAAAAUGCCGAUACUUCUUUAGAGAUUAAACAGCUCAUCACCAGUGAAAAUUGGCCUGAGCUUCACAAGAGACUUGAUAAUCGAAUUUCAUUUGGUACCGCCGGGCUCAGAGCUCGAAUGGAGGCUGGAUUCAGCCGUAUGAACCUGUUAACUGUGCUUCAAGCGUCUCAAGGCUUAGCAGCUUACAUCAAAGAACAAUUUCCGAUUGAUGCCAGUGUUGUUAUUGGCCAUGAUCAUAGAUAUCAUUCCAAAGAAUUUGCAGAAAUAACGGCAGCGGCGUUCAUCCAGCUGGGUAUUAAGGUUCUGUAUUUGUGUUGGUCGUCAGAUGAGAAUGAGAAUCGGCUGGUGCAUACUCCCAUGGUGCCCUUUUCGAUUGGAUUAUUUGGCGCGUCUGCAGGUGUUAUGAUUACUGCCAGCCAUAAUCCAAAAGAUGACAACGGUUACAAAGUCUACUAUUCAAAUGGGUGUCAGAUCAUACCUCCCCAUGACAAAUUAAUUGCGGACAAGAUUCUUUCGAACCUCGAGCCCAGGACUGGAAUCUGGGAUUAUCAAAAGAUCAUCCAGGAGGCUCAUACCGCCGGAAAGCUUUCUGACGUUCGACAACAGGCUCAGAGCGCUUAUAUGGAGAGGUUGGCGUCCAAACUUCUCUACGAGCGGGUUGUGCCAGGCACGGGCAAACCGUGGUUUGUAUACACACCUAUGCAUGGCGUUGGAAGCUCAAUUUUCGAGCAAGCCACCCAAAGUGCUCUUGGGUUGCGGGAAGGGCAGGAUUUUCUUACCGUCGAGGCACAGAAAAUACCCGAUCCUUCAUUUCCAACAGUUAGUUUCCCUAAUCCAGAGGAAAAGGGCGCUCUUGACAUGGCACUAGAUUUGGCCAAGAAAAAGGGUAUUUCACUUGUGAUUGCAAAUGAUCCGGAUGCUGAUAGGUUUUCUGCCGCCGUUUUAAAUGGUCACGAGUGGCAUCAGUUGAGUGGGAACGAACUCGGUUUCCUGUUCACCUUUUUCCUUUGGGAGGUACAGCAGCAAAGCAUUUCGGUGACCUCCAAGCCUUUCUGCGUGCUCAACUCUACGGUUUCAUCGCAAAUGAUAAAGUCCAUGGCACAAAUGGAGGGCUUCCACUAUGAGGAAACAUUAACCGGGUUCAAGUGGCUGGGGAAUCGGAGCCGUCAACUGGAAGAACAAGGAUAUUUCGUCUCGUUCGCCUUUGAAGAAGCUAUAGGUUUCAUGUUUCCCAGUAUUGAGAACGAUAAGGAUGGAAUUAGCGCCGCGCUCGUGUUCCUGCAAAUGUACUCUCAUUAUUUGAAAAAGGGCAAAACACCGCUGGAUAUGUUGAAGAUAGGCUUUCAAAAAUAUGGAGUUUUCAAAGAAUACAACGGUUAUUACGUGGUUCCAGAACCAGCUGCAACAGACAAAGUCUUUGCCGAUAUUCGUGCGUCGUUUGUAUCUGCGGACGGUACUUAUUGCCAAAAUCUAGGAACGGAGUUUGCCGUCACAUACUACAGAGAUUUGACCACAGGUUUCCAAUCGGACACCAGCAACUUUGUACCUGUCCUUCCUGUUGAUCCCUCAUCCCAAAUGUUGACACUCGUUGUUGUUCCUACUCGGAAGAGCUCAGAUGGCUCCGAAACCGUACGGUUUACCAUCCGCGGUUCUGGUACCGAGCCCAAAUUGAAAGUCUACAUCGAGGCACAAUCAGACACUGCGCAAAAUGCAAGUCAUUUGGCGAAACUACUUUGGGACGUGCUUCGCAGAGAGUGGUUCCGCCCGGAAGUGAAUGGACUGACUACUCAGUUCUAG